AGGUCUUCGUGCACAUUUGAAAAUAUGAAAUUUAAACGAAAUAACCAGCAGGUGCCGUUUUGAAGGCAGAUCUCGUGAAUACUCCGCUAUGCCUCACAUUGCGCUGUUGAACUGUUUACAGGAAACAGAUAUUGGUGAUAUCGACAUAUCAGCCCUGUUUCAGUCCAAGUUAAUUUUGGCACAUUAAUGAUGCUCGUGUUUCAGCGCUGAUAAGUAGGCCUACUAAGGGAAAAGCUAAUUUUCAGAUUGGAUUAACGUCAUUUGGACAUAAUUCAUAACAUAUGUUUUGCAGGAUUACAUGAUUAUACAAGCGGUGACUGAUAUAAAUAAACGCGACCUCUCUAACAAAUAGUGCCAUCGCAGCAUUAAAGUAUCAACUGCUAAUUGAUCAUGGUGGAGUGGACUGACGCUGAGCGCAAAGCCAUCAAAGCUGUGUGGGGAAAACUGAAAGUGGAUAUUAUUGGUCCCCAGGCUUUGGCAAGAUGUCUCAUCGUGUACCCUUGGACUCAACGCUAUUUUGGCUCCUUUGGGUCCUUGAGUGACGCCGCAACCAUUAUGGCUAAUAAAAAAGUGGCUGCUCACGGCAAGGUUGUGCUCAACGGACUCGGAAGAGCGGUCCAGAGCAUGGAUGACAUCAAGAACACCUAUGCGCCCUUGAGCAUGUUGCACUCCGAGAAGCUUCACGUGGAUCCGGACAACUUCAGGCUCCUCGGUGAUUGCGUGACCAUUGUUGUGGCUUCCCAGCUCGGUCGUGCCUUCACUCCAGACAUUCAAGCAGCAUGGCAGAAGUUUCUGGCAGUUGUCGUCUCAGCACUUGGAAAACAGUACCAUUAACUGAACAUCUGGUUUUGAAAAGCUGCACAGAAAUAUGUAUGUGCAUCUUCCAAUUAAUAAAACAAUAAACAAA